CAGUUAAGUUCAACCCAGCGUUCAAGUCAAACCAUAGAACGAGGAGUUAUGAAAUACAAUCUCUUCCGAUGUCGCUGGUAACUCAAUGCAGAUACCGCCUUCGUAUUCACUAGUGGAACAAAGCUUUUCGGCACGCCCAGGAAAUCAUGUCGCACUUGAAUUCGAUCUUUCUUUCCAGAAUCUGGAAUCGGACUUUCCAGUAUGGGUCUCUCUGCAAUUAAGAGCAAGGAGUUUGACAGCCAAGUUCAACGGCUGUUGGUGGAAUGGAAAGUGCCUGGCAUUGCCCUCGCCGUAGUUGACGCAAAUGAAACAUAUGUCAAAAACUUCGGAUUUUCAAAUAUAGAAGAGGGAAAACUUGUGGAUGACAAAACUCUAUUCGACUGCGGAAGUACUUCAAAAUCGUUUACAGCUGCCGCUGUUGCACUAGUCAUCGAAGACUGUCAGAAAAAAGAGGACAGCAGAAUUGCUGCGCGAAGCUUUGAAACCCCCGUCAACGAAUUUCUCCCUGAUGAUUUUGUUCUUUCAGAUCCUCAGUUCACUAAAAAUGUCACAGUCGAAGACAUUUUAAGCCAUAGAAGUGGAAUGCCUCGUCAUGAUGACUCUUAUCUCGGUAUCCGAGCAGAGAAACCUGAUAACCCAAAAUCCAUUACACGAAACUUACGAAAUCUUCCUUUGUCGAAACCUCUAAGAACAACAUACCAGUAUUGCAACAUGAUGUACACAGUAGCAGCUCAUCUUGUUGCAGAAACUUCUGGGCAAUCUUUUUCAGAUUUCCUGCGUGAAAGGAUCUGGACCCCUCUGGAAAUGACGAAUACUUAUUUGAAUAUACCUGGAACAUCUGCCUUCGAGCAUGUAAAAUCAAACCUGGCAACGGGAUAUUACUGGUCUGAGGUUGAAAACGUUCAAAAACCUUUGCCUUUCUUCGACCAACCAGAAGGCUUAGGUGCUGGAUCCGUCUUCAGCACAGUGUCAGACUACGCAAAGUGGAUCAAAUGCAUGUUGAAACAGUCAAAACCUCUUUCAAAAUCGAGCCAUGAGGAGCUUAAAAAGCCGCGAACAAUUGCCUGCCCGGAACGGCAACCAAAAAACGGAUUCAGCCACAUCCUCUAUGCGUUAGGAUGGGAGGUCUGCACUUAUCGUGGACAUCAGAUCGUGGGACACGAUGGGACAGUUUGGGGAUUUGCGGCUUGCAUGAAAUUUCUGCCUCAUCUGGACUGCGGCAUAGUACUGUUCGCGAACGGAAAUGAGGGCGCGAACAGUUGCAUUGAGACUAUUGCGAUGAUGGUCAUUGACAAUUUUGUCGAGGUACAAGCCUCCAUUCGUCUGGAUUGGCACAAAAUAAAUAUGGAAAAAUUUCGAAAUGAUACUGACAAUGAUGACGAAGGUGACAAGAAUCUGGACGAUGCAGAGAUGGAAGCUUCGUCAGGCUUGAAAAUUGCUGACUAUGCUGGCUGCUAUCGAAAUAAAGGCUACCACGCAAUCAUACUUGACGUAAAGGAGGACCACCUUCAUGCUAAUUGCACCGAUCGCUCAUUUCCUUUCUAUCUCGAUUUGUGGCACUUGAGCGGUAAUAGAUUUCGCGCACGGAUUCGAGAUCACUUAGAUGGGCAAUCUUGGCCUGUUAAAGUUGCAUUCGAACUUGAAGAGCUUUCAAAAAAGCCAGCCCGAUUUGGCAUCGAGCUUGAACAAGCGUUAGAUGGAGAUCUGAUAUGGUUCGACAGAGUUGAGAAGAUUUAGACGAGGUUGGAACGAAACUGGUCUGUGGCGUCACCGUUCAAAGUUUAAACUCCGGAAAUUCCCAAGAAUUAAGAUCAAGUUCGGUUGAAGAUCUGGAGGCUGACUUCUAGACAACUCGAAUAUAAUUUGUCUUUGAAC